AUGGCUCCUUCGCCUCCAAGACGGAGGUGGUCACCAAAGCCGCACGAAGAAGUGCACACAUCCAUCAGGCAAUUCAGCAUUCCAUUGGUGGGCACAAAUACCAGACGAUUGCCCUUGGGGAAGUUGCCGUCCCUGCAAGCACCCGCUGUUUUGUCAUCGAAAGAUUCGUCAUGGCCGAAAACAGAGCAGGAAUUCGACAAAAAGGCCGCCUCGAAGAUUGGUUGCUGGCUUAAGGGUGGCAGCGCUGCUGCCUAUGGUCUUCUUGCAAGAAGUCGGGUCAUGUCUGACAGCAAGGAGGAUUCAGAAUCUCAGAUGCAUGCUGCCAAGCUCGCCUUCGAAUUGCUGAAAACCCUGGCUUUCGAGAUCCAGGAUUUCGGAGAUUUGGAUGCAAAUUCUCCGGACUUGCGCACUUCAAGGACAUGGCUACUGACCAGCCUGCUUCAUUACAUUCAGGUUUCGCUCUUUGCUGACGAGGAGGUCGUGACAGCUCGCAAGACAGCCAGCCAUUAUGCUGCAAUUGCAGAAGACAGCAUCGGAAUGCCCAGGCAACACGCACAAGUCACGGAGGAUCUGGCCCGAGUCAAUCGCUGGCAGAUGCAGGAAGAGUCCCCUCCACGCUUGUCUGCCCAAGAGAUGUGGUGCAGAAGGAGAGGCCUGAGGGCUUCCCAAGGGGCAGCAGCUGAAGAAGCCGAACUUGGAGGUGGAGAAACGGUGAACGCCGUUCCCCUGGGCUUCGUGUCAAACGUCCAAAGGUGGCAUUGUACGCAGCUGGUGUGUCAGAUACGGUGGAGCAACCAGAUCGUCUCCACACUUGAUGCUCAGUCCAGCGCGGCCUACAACAUGCUGGGCUUGGCACAGGAGCUCACGGCUGGCUUCGUUGUAGGCUGGGCCUUCGCCUUCUGGAGGCUGCAGUACGUUGAGGAUAAGAUGGCAGCACAGCAGUUGCAGAAGGCUGAGAGGUCGACUCGCAUCAACCGCGAGUAUGUCGGCGUCUUCUUCACAUACUGGUCCCUGCUGACCUCCGGGGCUCUUUGCAACCGUGCCAAGGAGGAACUUCAACUGAAGAAGCUUCAUCUGCGACUUCUCUCAGUCCGUCUGCGGGAUGUUGAGGCCAAGAAGACCAAGAGCAUGCAAGACGUGCAGUAUGACAAGACUGCACAUUACUUGAUCGUGCGAAAGAUGCAAGCAUUGAAAGAGGAAAGAAGUCGCCUGGACUUUAGGUUUCAGACCAUGCCUCCAGUUGAAGCCAGGCAGUCGCUGCACCUUGUCAUGGAGGUCUUCAUGGACUUUGUCAUGGAUUUCGGCAAGCUUGAGCGCCUGGGCUGUCGACACAGGCUCCUGGCAAAGGACCUCAUCUUCUUGGCAACCGACCCUGCGGAGAGGCAGCAGGACAUCGGCGUGCUCCCUGCAGAGGAGAUUCUUGUCCGCUGGAUCAACUGUAUCUUGGCAGAAGCCCAUCACAGCGCUUCAGUGUUGCUGACUGAUGCGAUGGAUGACGAGAACGGCAGGUCCAACUGGGCGGCAGCAGACAGUUCAAGCUACGGCUUCAGGUGUCGCGAGGUUCGCGCGAUACCCACGCUCCAGACAAAGUCUUUGGAGGUUUUUUUCCAGGACGGCAAGAUCCUCACCGUGCUGUAUGCGAUGUUCAGGGCUUACAGGAGAAAUAAGACGAUCUUUGAUCCUGAAGAUCUGGCGGUGCUCGAUGAGAAAGACUCAGAUCGCCGCGCCGCUGCCGCGCAGAAUGCUUUCGUCUCUUUGUCACCGCUUCUCAUUUCCAGGUUACUGUUGAGCCCAUUGGAUGUUGUUUCUGGGCAGCGGUUUGCGCUGAAGGCUUCGCUCUGUACUACUCUCUUGCGCGAGGCGACGGGCAGUCUUCAGGACUUGUCGAAGAGAUCUUUCAAACAGGUUUCAGCCGACGCAGGCCGCGAGACAGAACGGACAGGAGGGGAGAUCAAAGAGGCAAACUCGAUGGCUACCGUCAUGACCAUGUUCGAGAAGCUGGUCGGAGGUGCUUGGGAAGGCUUCGUCGAUCUUUCGAGGCUUUGCUUCCCCUGGGAGCCGCUUACAGCCCUGCAAGGGAUGGCCUUGUAUGACAUCUUGCAGCGCUGGGUGAAUCUGCAGGUCUACGGCAUCUUGAUUCCGCAAGCUGACAUAUCAGGUGUCAAGAACCUCGGGAAUGAUCUAGCUUCCGGCCAAGUUCUCUUGCGACUCAUCAAGGCCGUGGCACCAACCGUCAUCGAGGCAGUGAUGUGCAUCGAAGCUUGCCGUCUGAUCUUUGAUGGGAAGUUGGAAGAGAGUUCUUUCCCGAAGCCGGGCAAACGGGGUUUCCAUGAUUGUACCGGCAAUCAUGGAAACCAGUGCUUCCGAGAGUGA